CUUCUCCCUCUCCCUCCAUCCUCUCUGUCUGUGUCGAGUGAACCAGUGAGGUCAGUGGACGUGUAGAAGUUGAAGAUCCAGAAUGGAGACGUUUGGGUUCCUCAUCGACAGCAGAGUCCCGACCGACGACAGCAGAAUCAAACCACCGAGCCACGUCCAGCUCCAGUGACCAGGCCGCCUUCAGACGAGAUGUGUCUCCUCCUAAUCCCGCCCCCUCUCCUCCUUCUCCUCCUCCUUUCAGCCUCUCACCCCGUCAGGUGCUCACACUCGUGCCCCCCCCUCUGUGCUUGUUACGAGCGCGCCGACCUGGUGGACUGCCGUGCACGUGGAUUCGAACACGUUCCUCUGGGCCUCCCUCACGGAACCUUGCUGCUGGAGCUGGGAGGGAACAACCUGACUGAGAUCAGCUCUCAGGUCUUCACUGGCCUGUGGUCGCUGAAGGUCCUGGUGAUGAGCAGCAGUCAGAUUCAAGUCAUUCAACCACAGGCCUUUCUCUCUUUGUCCUUCAUGGAGAAGUUGGAUCUCAGUUGGAACCAGUUGACGUUGCUCCCAGUCGACUUCUCCACCAGUCUGUCUGCGCUCAGAGAACUUCGACUGGAUCACAACAACUUAUGUUACUUAUCUGGACACAGCCUGGCAUAUCUGGACAACAUGGAGAAACUGGACCUGAGCUAUAACCAGCUGGUGUCUGUGGGUCCUGGUGUGUUCAGAGGUCUGUCCAGGCUCAGGCAGCUCCACCUGCACCACAACAGACUGAGUGGGCUGCAGCGGGGGAGCCUGGACAUGCUGCCUGGACUGGAGGUGCUCCAGCUGAGCUACAACAACAUCUCUCAGAUCGACAGUGACGCUCUAGCGCCCCUCUACAGUUUGGCCGUUCUCGCUCUGGAGGGAAACAACCUGCAACACCUCAAGUUCAAGACCUUCCUCAGCCUGCACACCACCGCCACUCACAUCCAGCUGUCAGGGAACCCGUGGAGCUGCGACUGCGAGCUUCAUCGCGUCUUCAGUAAGAUCCUCUACGUUCGCCACCUCCACAUCGACGACUACCGGAACGUGACCUGCCAGGAGCCGCCGCAGCUGGCCGGGGCCUCGCUGGCCUGGGUGGACAGCCGGCUCUGCAUGGCGGAGACCGUCACCGUGCUCGUCAUCACGGUCACCGUGCUGGUCAGCGUGGUGGCGGCCGUGGUCAUGGCUGAGAGGAACAGGAAGAGUCACCGUGAGAAGAACUGGGACACGGAGUCACAGACUCAAACCCAGAGUCCACCGUCCUGAGAGCGGCGCCAGUUCAAGAUGGCUGCCGUCUUCACCGUCAGAAUGCGUAGACGUUUCUUACGUUUUUCCCGGUGAAAGAGAUGGAACCUUUUAUGUGAAUUAGGGUUAUGGUUUCUGUGUUUCCAUUUUCUCCAGGAAGUUCCGGCAGGAACUCAGACCCUUUACAGGAACCUGGUGACACAACAUGGAGUAUAUCAUGUUGUUCAGUUCUGUAGGAUUCAGCUGUUUACAUGUGGAGGAGACCAGAUGUUCUGCAGCUAACGUGGACAAAGAUGGUUUUACUUUGAAACAGGGUUUUCAAAGUAAAACGUGGUAGUUUGUUUGGAGCUCAAAUUAAUAUUAUCAAUCUUUAUCACCAACCCUGUGAUGAAAUGCUCUAAUAAGCUUCCAGAGUCUACCUGUGCUUAUAUUUUAUAUUAUAUUCAAUAGUUUGAAUGUUUGCAGUUCAACAAACAGCUGAAUGUUUUACUCCAUGUGACAUAAGACUGUUAUUUUCUAUCUUGACCUUUGACCUGCUCCAGAAGAAAGAGAUCCCUCUUCAUCCUCAUGUCCUCUUCUCCUUCUGGUGGAUUUAAAACAAAGGACUUUGACCCUGUGACAGUCAGAGAGACAUUCACCAGAAGAGACGGAGGUUCAGUAGAGACCAUGUGUCUGGACACCACAGUGGAUUAGAGCUGGACAGAUGGGGG